AUCCAACAUCAACAUUCCUCAUCAACCAUGAAUUCCUCUGUACCAUCACUCUGUUUUCUGAUAUUCACUCUGUUUUCAGCCGCCGCCAUUCAGCUCUGCCACUGCAAGACAGUGCAGUUCAUUUUCGGCGACUCGCUGUCCGACGUCGGAAAUAAUAUUUACCUUUCAAGAAGCCUUGCUCAGGCAAACUUGCCCUGGUACGGCAUUGAUUUUGGCAAUGGACUCCCUAAUGGAAGGUUUAGCAAUGGCCGCACUGUUGCUGACAUUAUUGGUGAUGAAAUGGGUCUUCCCAGACCACCAGCUUUUCUUGAUCCCUCCUUAACUGAAGAUGUAAUUCUAGAAAAUGGAGUGAAUUAUGCUUCUGGAGGUGGAGGAAUCUUGAACGAAACUGGAGGAUACUUUAUUCAACGAUUUGGUCUGUACAAACAAAUUCAGCUGUUUCGAGGCACACAAGAAUUAAUCAAAGCAAAAAUAGGGAAAGAAAAGGCCAAGGAAUUCUUCGAAGAGGCUCGAUAUGUUGUGGCUUUGGGAAGCAAUGACUUCAUAAACAACUAUCUCAUGCCGGUUUACUCUGAUUCUUGGAAAUACAACGAUCAAGGCUUUGUCACUUAUUUGAUGGAAACGCUUCGGGAUCAACUCAAGUUAUUGUAUGGGAUGGGAGCAAGGCAGUUGAUGGUCUUUGGGCUGGGACCAAUGGGCUGCAUUCCUUUACAAAGGGUGCUGAGUUUGUCGGGAGACUGCCAAGAGAGAACCAACAAUUUGGCCCUUAGCUUCAACAAAGCGGCUAGUAAUCUUCUCGAUGGAUUGGCCAACAGACUUCCAAAUGCCACCUAUAAAUUUGGAGAUGCUUAUGAUGUUGUCGCUGAUGUUAUUAGCAACCCCGGAAAAUAUGGCUUUAAUAACUCGGAUUCGCCGUGUUGCUCGUUCGGGAGGAUCCGACCUGCCCUUACCUGUGUUCCGGCGUCGGUGUUGUGCAAAGACAGAAGCAAAUAUGUAUUUUGGGAUGAGUACCACCCUUCCGACAAGGCUAACGAGUUGAUUGCUAAUGAACUCAUUAAGAAAUUCGGGUUUUUGAGAGUUAAUCAACCCGGAGCUCCGUCGCCCGCCCCUGAAUCCGAUCCGAAUUCGGCCCCAGCUGCGGCUGCGGAUCCAUCUCCUCCUCCAUUCAUUUCUCCAUCCCCAAACUGACUUCCAUCUCUCCUCUUUUAUUUGGAGAAUUUUGUGUUUAAGUUUAAUAAUAAUUCUAAUAAUUAAUUCUAAUGCCACUUUACUGUACUCUGUUUGAGACUUCAAAUUAACAUCUCAAUUAUGAGCCUACACAUUGCUAGACAUGUGUCAUUGUUUCAUUAUCUUUCAAUUUUUUUUUCUUUUCUAGUACAUUAAACCUUUCUUCACAUGCUGUA